AUGGCUUUUGUUGUCCGUGCUAUAUUUGGAGUGUAUUUGGACUACACCUUUGAGAGCUGGAUUGAAAGAUGUCUCAACGAAAGUGAAAACAAGCGCUAUUCCAGCCACACAUCUUUGGGGAAUGUUUCUAAUGAUGAAAAUGAGGAAAAAGAAAAUAACCGAGCGUCCAAACCCCAUUCAACACCUGCCACCCUUCAGUGGCUGGAGGAGAAUUAUGAGAUUGCAGAAGGCGUCUGCAUUCCCCGGAGCGCUCUGUACAUGCACUACUUAGAUUUCUGCGAGAAAAAUGACACCCAACCUGUUAAUGCUGCCAGCUUUGGGAAGAUUAUAAGACAGCAGUUCCCACAGUUAACCACAAGAAGACUUGGAACUAGAGGCCAGUCAAAGUACCAUUACUAUGGCAUCGCGGUGAAGGAGAGCUCUCAGUAUUACGACGUGAUGUAUUCGAAGAAAGGCGCUGCUUGGGUCAGCGAAUCCGGGAAGAAAGAAGCAAGCAAGCAGACGGUGGCAUAUUCCCCCCGCUCCAAGCUGGGCACCCUGCUGCCCGAGUUCCCCAAUGUCAAAGACCUGAACCUGCCGGCCAGUCUGCCAGAGGAGAAGGUUUCAACCUUUAUUAUGAUGUACAGAACCCACUGUCAGAGGAUACUGGACACGGUGAUCAGAGCCAACUUUGAUGAGGUUCAAAGUUUUCUUCUGCACUUUUGGCAAGGAAUGCCCCCCCACAUGCUGCCCGUGCUCGGCUCCUCCACGGUAGUCAACAUCGUGGGAGUUUGCGACUCCAUACUGUACAAAGCAAUUUCCGGAGUGCUCAUGCCCACGGUGCUGCAGGCGUUACCGGACAGCUUGACUCAGGUGAUCCGAAAGUUUGCCAAACAGCUAGAUGAGUGGCUCAAGGUUGCCCUUCAUGACCUCCCAGAGAAUUUGCGAAACAUCAAAUUUGAAUUGUCAAGAAGGUUUUCCCAAAUUCUGAGACGGCAAACAUCGCUAAACCAUCUUUGCCAGGCAUCAAGAACUGUGAUCCACAGUGCAGACAUUACUUUUCAAAUGCUCGAGGACUGGAGAAAUGUGGAUCUGAACAGCAUCACCAAGCAGACCCUGUAUACGAUGGAAGAUUCCCGGGAGGAGCACAGGAAGCUCAUCAUACAGUUGUAUCAAGAAUUUGACCAUCUCCUAGAGGAACAGUCACCCAUUGAAUCCUACAUCGAGUGGCUGGACACCAUGGUGGACCGAUGUGUUGUGAAGGUAGCUGCCAAGAGACCGGGUUCCUUGAAGAAGGUUGCCCAGCAGUUCCUUCUGAUGUGGUCUUGCUUCGGUACCCGGGUGAUCCGGGACAUGACUUUGCAUAGUGCCCCCAGCUUCGGGUCUUUUCACCUCAUUCACCUGAUGUUUGAUGACUAUGUGCUGUACCUGCUGGAAUCGCUCCACUGUCAGGAGAGAGCCAAUGAGCUCAUGAGGGCCAUGAAAGGGGAAGGAAGCACUGCAGAGGUCAGAGAAGAGAUCCUGUUGGCAGAGCCCGCCCCGCCGACUCCGUCGCCUGUGCCCUCCUUCUCGCCGGCAAAGUCCACCACGUCAGUAGAGGUGCCACCUCCCUCCUCGCCUGUCAGCAACCCAUCCCCGGAGUAUACUGGCCUCACCACAACAGGAGCAAUGCAGUCCUACACCUGGUCCCUUACAUACACAGUGACAACAGCCGCUGGUUCGCCUGCAGAAAGCUCCCAACAGCUGCCCUGUAUGAGAAGCACUCACGUGCCUUCUUCCUCCGUCACCCAUCGGAUACCAGUUUAUCCCCACCGAGAGGAACAUGGCUACACAGGAAGUUACAACUACGGAACCUAUAGCAACCAGCACCCCCACCCAAUGCAGAGUCAGUACCCAUCCCUACCCCAAGACACGGCCAUCUCUGGGCCCCUCCAUUAUUCUCCAUACCACAGGGGCUCCUCACAGUACCCUUUCAACAGCCCCACCUCCCGGAUGGAGCCUUGUUUGAUGAGCAGUGCCCCUAGACUACACCCCACACCGGUCACUCCCCGAUGGCCAGAAGUACCCUCAGCCAACACGUGCUAUCCAAGCCCGCCUGUGCACUCCACAAGAUACGGAAGCUCUAGUGACAUGUACACCCCCCUGACCACCCGCAGGAAUUCCGAGUAUGAGCACAUGCAACACUUUCCUGGUUUUGCCUAUAUCAAUGGAGAAGCUUCAACAGGCUGGGCAAAAUGA